UUACAGCGCAGGUGAGACCUUUCUCUUCCUGACUGACGCGGAUCCGGGCUUCGGUGCUCGAGCAGGCGCAAUGGUCGCUGGGGCAGGCGCAGGCCUCUCGAGACCAAGCUCAGCCAGCAGAGCUCUGUUCUUGGCGAUAUUAGCCAGACGCUGGCGUUCAUAGUCGUUCAUGUGUGCAAUUCUGACAAACCGCGGCCGUUGUACGCGACGUCCUGGUAUAUCUCGUAUCACACUUCUCCACCCGGGCCCUCCUCCAUAUUCUUGCCCGAAAGGGAUUAGCGCUGGGUACGUGUAACGUGGACAGUCAAAUUCGGGAUCAGGAUAGAGAUCGACCAAAGCACGAGCUGGGCAGAUACAAAUCGGGAUCAUUGGGCGUUCAUGAACGAGGUUGUUGCAAAGGAAAAUGGAAGUGCCGAGGUUCUCCGACGACAAGCGAAGAUGUUUGCAGAAGAAGACAAGGAAGCCAUUAUCAAAGAGAUGAAGGAGCUGCGUUUGCUGCCUGGAGAGGGUCAUGAGGUGCACGAUUGGGAGGCUCUUGCUAAGGGCUUAUGUGAGGGUGACGCAACUGCCACAGAAAAGCUGAAAAGUUCACUCGUGGACAAGGAGACGGCCACUGCUUUCGUACGCAGUGGCGCACUGGGCCUGUUACUCGAUACCCUCUUGCUGCCGCUAUUAGAUCAUGCUGCAGAGGUUGGGUAUGUCCUCUUGCUGCUGACGAGGAAUUCUGAAGCUGCAUGCGCUGCCAUCGCGGAAUGGCUCAGACACGAAGAUACCCGGCCUACAGCAAUGGCACAAUCAAGCCUUGAAACUCAAAAAGCACUCGUCAACGUGGUGCUAUCGCCAAGUGUUUGGCACAGUACAAACGCGCGAAAUUCAGUCGUCUGUCAAUUAGUGGAAGCGAUCUGCACCGCAAAAUCUCUGACUUCCGACCGGCUCGAUCUCCUCGUACAACUCUUUUCUAUGAAGGAGCCUGUUGGCUUGAAGCUUCCAGUCGAGUCGAGGAUUCUUCCUACCGUCCUGAAAUCUCUCGACUGCCGUUUAGACGAAAGAAUCCGUUCCCGUGCUAUUGUGGUUCUAGCCCACCUUCUCCGGCUCAAGAUCACUGCCACAGCCCCUAUACAAAAGUAUGUUGUCGAUGGCGCUAGGUCUGGCAAGGAGGAGGAGCUUAUUUGUGCUCUUUCCUCAUUCGCAGUUCUAUUUACCGUGGAUCCUCAAUCAGCAGAAUCCCUAUUCCUUCAAGAUGGGUUCUUGCAAGAGAUCCUUGCUGAUGCAGAGGUCGAAGGCGUUGGUAUUCAGACUGCACUUCUGGGGCUUGCUUCCGCAUCGUGCACGUCGAAAAAGUGCCGCGAAGUGUUACUAAGCGGUGAUUAUAUGAGGUUCUUCCUGAAGUGUACCACAUAUCAUGAUGAGCGACUGAAGUGCUUGGCGGCGUUGGUCGUUGUGAAGCUGGAAUCCGAAGGAGGGCAAAAGAAUUUCGUCAAUUCGGAGGAGCAGAGUCGGCUAGCCAAGAUCCUACGAGGUAUGCUUCUUGAAGGGAGGGAGUCAUCUACCAAGUCAAUGGCAAUAGAAGGCAUAGCACAUGCAACAUUCAACUCAUCCGUCAAAGAGGCAGUAUCCCUCGACAAGCCCGUUCUUACAUGCUUGCUCGAUGUUGUGCAACAAAGGGACGUGGAUGCUAUCUUGAUCUUCGGGGCUUUGACUAUUCUCGACAACCUAACGCGAUAUAGGCCAGUGCUGUCUAAAGAACAGCAACAAGUGCAGGACUUGAAGAGGAUGGCGGCGGCCGGGGAGACAGGGGACCAGAAAGAACGGGCUGGGGACAAGUUGGACAACGAGACCUAUGUUGAUGCUCGCUGCAGUCGAGUGCUUGAGGUGGGCGUGGUGAAGGCUUUUGGGCAGCUGACCAAGACAUCAGCCAAAUCUGAGCGAAUCAAUGCCUUGAUGGCUGCGAUUUUGCUCUCUUUGGCGACUCAGCGUAUGCAUCGAGGUACAAUUGUGCAGCAGGGAGGUCUUGUCGCACUCGUUUCAAUAUUCCCACAAACGUCUUCCGCGGAGAAAACCACUUUGGCCAUUACGGUGGCGCACGCUCUUGCCAAACUCCUGAUUUCAGUGGACCCGCGUCUGGCUUUCGGUUCAGCUCUUUCAACGACGAACGCCGUCCGACCUUUAUUGGUUCUCUUAACCAUGCGAGACCUGCCUAAUGAAUUAUCACGUUUUGAAACCUUGUUGGCGCUCACGAACCUCGCUUCUGUGGAUGAUACCAUACGGAAUCUGAUUGCUCGCAACGGCUGGUCCACUAUUGAGGACCUACUCAUCGUUGAGCACGGCAUGCUCAGGAGGGCAGCGGUUGAACUGGUCUGCAAUCUCGUUGUGAGCGUACAAGCAGCUGUCAAAUUUGCCGACGGUACUGCCGCUGCGGCUCAUCGCGUGGGAGUCCUAAUCGCUUUAUGUACCGAUGACGAUGCAGCAACGAGAAGUGCUGCUACCGGUGCAUUAGCCGUACUUUCCGGGUACGAGCCGGUGUGUAGGGCAAUCAUGAACAGUAAAUCGGGUGUCAAGAUACUGCUCGAGCUGCUUGAGGAAGACGACGAAGGGAUAAGGCAUCGCGCCGUGGUGAUUACACGUAAUCUGAUAUGCGUGCCGGAUGGGAAUGGUCCUGCUGAGGCUUUCGUCAAAGCGGGCGGUGUCAGGGCGCUGAAAGAUGUUGUUCAAAAAACAAAGGUAAAAGCGGUGGUCGAAUUUGCAAUCGAAGGAUUGAAGGGACUUGUCGUGAGAAAGUUGAUUGGAGUUCCUAAAUGAUGAUGAUGUCUUGAUAGCUGCCAGCUGGCAU